CAGCUAUUCUAUCAGCCUAUUAUACAAAGUUGAUACAAAGACAUGUCAGCCUACCGAAAGCUCGCGCUACGUGCACGCUCCUUAUCCUUGAUUGAUUUUCUGAAGCUCAGAAUAAAAGAUCUGGGACCUCCUCGCACCUCUCUUUCGUCAACACUACAUAUAUCUCGAAUCAUAGAUACCAAACCUCAUGGACGUAUGCAACAUACCAUGGCUUCAAAAGGUUUUACGAUCGACUUCUCCAACAAAUGCAUUAUCAUCACUGGGGGCAACCGCGGGAUUGGAUACGCUUAUAGUCGCGCUGUUGCCCAUGCUGGUGCACGAGUGGCUAUUAUUUACAGGAGCUCCAAGGACGCGCAUGAAGUAGCUGAGAACCUUGGGAAAGAAUUUGGCGUGCAAGUCAAGGCUUAUCAAUGUGAUGUAUCUGAUGCACAAAAGACAACGGAAACGUUUGCUCUUAUCGACAAAGAUCUCGGUCCGGUUACAGGACUCAUAGCAAACGCUGGUGUCUCCGUGGUUAAACCUGCACUCGAGCUGACCAGCAGAGACUUCCAUAAAGUGUACGGUGUUAACGUCCUUGGUGUAUUCAACAGCACCAAGGCCGCGGCAAAGCUGUGGAUAGACAAGAAGUAUGGCGGUUCGAUUGUUAUUACAUCCUCCAUGAGCUCUCGAAUCAUCAACCAAGUUGCGCCAAAUAAGCCAUUGACUCAAGUCUUCUACAAUUCAUCCAAGGGUGCUGUGUCCAUCCUCAUGAAAGGGUUGGCAGCGGAGUGGGCCACUCAUGGGAUUAGAGUGAAUGCGCUGUCCCCUGGUUAUGUGAACACAGAUCAAACCUCGGGUAUGGAAACUUCCGUCCUCGAGCAUCAGGCAAAUACCAUACCGCUCGGACGCUUCGCCGAGCCAUAUGAGAUGACAGGUCAGGCGGUCUUACUCUUGUCCGAUCAUGCCAGUUACAUGACGGGCGGAGAAUAUUUUGUCGACGGUGGUCACCUCAUUUGGUAAACUCCGAUACCCUCGAGGGUUGUGCAUUUGAGUGAUAGAUUGACGUCGAGAGCAGUGCGUUAGGCUCAUAUGAUAUCAGCCCGUUAGUUAUUAGCCUAGUUACUUAUAUCAUUCCAAGUGGUUCUACCGUUCAGGCCCAGGGCCUGGCUUCAACAUAUGCAUGAAAUUGGUCG